UUUAGUUUGGUUUGGUUUAGUUUGGUUUAGUUUGGUUUACUGUAGUUUGGUUUACUGUAGUUUGGUUUGGUUUACUUUAGUUUGGUUUGUUUUAGUUUAGUUUAGUUUAGUUUAGUUUUACUUUAGUCUUGAUGCUCUUGAACAAAUAGCAACUGACAUGUUCUUGACAAAUAACAACAUAAUUUUGAAGACAACAGACAUCAAUGAAGCAAACUUCGUCAAACAUCUGAGAGAAGCAGUUACUCAUGUAGUUGAGAAAACAAAGAUGAAGAUGCGAAUUGAGCAGAUGGCUGAGGUUGCCCAUAACCUGGGAAUCUUGGUGGAUGAAGACUCUCCACAGUGCCAGACUGGAAGGAAAAAAGCAGAUGCCAUCACUGCUGAAAUUCAAGACAUCCUGAAGUACAAAGAAGAUCAGCUGCCAUUGCAAGGUCAGAUAUGGAAAGACUUGACUUCCUUAGAGAAGGAAGAAGUUCGACUUCGAAAUGUUGGAUCUGAAAACAUUGAGAAGUACAAAAGUGACCUUCAGCUGCAGAUAAAUAACCUGCGGAAGAAACAAAACUCUCAUGACAUUUCUACAGCAAUGACAUCCUUUAUCAGUGCAAUAUCAAGCGACAGUUUAGAGAGAGACUUUUUUCUGAAGUGGAUGCGAAUUAACCUUGAUGACAUGUCUCGUGUAAAACUGUCUGAACUGAGGGAGCUGUACAAAGAAAAGUGCAAGAAGUCUGAGAACAAUGCAGAGAUCAAAGAAAUUGACCAUCUGCUUUCCAACAGUUCACUGGGCACUGAACACUUCUUCCGUGAAAUGGGUCAAAUCUAUGAAGCUUCACGAGCUCUAAAAAUAACAGAUCCAUCACACCAGCAGUUAAAACAUCUGCCCAAACUCGGUGCACAGCUGCUACUUGAUGGACUUCCACUGGAGCUUGUAGAUGGAGAUGCUUCCAACAUCCCUCUGAGCUGGGUCAGUGAUGUUCUCUCUCAGCUCAAUGUCUUGGUGGGUUCUAAGAACAGGAUCCUGGUUGUUACAGUUCUGGGAGUUCAGAGCACAGGAAAGUCCACUCUCCUGAACACCAUGUUUGGAGUGCAGUUUGCAGUCAGCAGUGGUCGAUGCACUCGUGGUGCCUUCAUGCUGCUCAUCAAAAUUGAUGAAGAGCUCCAAAAAGAGCUCAACUGUGACUUCAUGAUGAUCAUUGACACUGAAGGCUUGAGGUCACCAGAACUCACCCAGCUGGACAACAGCUAUGAACAUGACAAUGAACUGGCAACACUUGUUGUGGGGCUGAGCGACAUCACCAUUAUCAAUAUUGCAAUGGAGAAUUCAACAGAAAUGAAGGACAUCCUCCAGAUAGUCGUGCAUGCUUUCCUCCGGAUGAAGGAAGUGGGCAGAAAGCCACAAUGUUACUUUGUUCACCAGAACGUGUCUGAUGUUUCAGCCCACGAGAAGAACUUAAGAGAUCGGAAGCUACUCUUUGAACAGCUGGAUGAGAUGACCCAGGCAGCAGCCAGAGUGGAAAAGAAAGAGCAGAACAAGAGCUUCACUGAUGUGAUGGCGUAUGAUCCUGACACUGGGAGCUGCUACAUUCCUGGUCUCUGGACUGGAAACCCUCCAAUGGCACCAGUCAACACAGGCUACAGCGAGGCUGUUUAUGAGCUCAAGAAAAAGAUCAUCCAGCUCCUGAGAAACAGAGAUUCAUCUGUUAACAAAGUGUUGGAGUUUAAAGAGUGGAUGACAAGUCUGUGGAAUGCAGUGAAGCAUGAAAACUUUCUCUUCAGCUUCAGAAACAGCCUCGUAGCUGACGCCUACAUGAGACUCUGCACAGAAUUCAACAAAUGGGAAUGGGAAUUCAAAAAAGAAAUGUUCAACUGGGUCACAAAUGCAGAAACCAAGAUUUGUAGUUUUGGUACCCUUGCUGCACAAUCACAAAUAUCUGACUUGAAACAAUUUCACAGUCAGUUAAAAACUGAAGCUGUCACAGUGAUGUCUGACUGGGAGUCAAAACUACUUGACAAAGUAACUCAGUAUUUCAAGCAAACAGAUGGUCAUGUCUACCUGGUUGUUGGACACAAAGAAGAGUUUGCAAACAGUGCAAAAAGCCUUCGAAACCAAACUGAGAGGUAUGUACUUGAUCAGCUUCAAGCAGCAGUGGACAUCAAACAGGGGAUGGCAGAGCUCGACAGAAUUAAAGAUAAUCACACAAAAGAAAUUGAAAAAGCAGUGUGUGAGCUGAUUGUUGAAUGUCGAAAGAGAAAGGUUCAGAUGAGUGAUGAAGAGCUGGAUGAAGAAUUUGACAACAUGUUUCAUCAAACACUGAGCAAACUGAAGUUUCCUAAACAACAUAUUACAGAUGUGUUUGGAGAUGUUUCUCGGCAUCUGAGAGAAAAUCUGGCACACAGGGGAAGUUAUGCACAUGAAAUAUUAUUCAAAACAAGGCUGGAAGAUUGUGGGAGGGAGCCCUUUAGAUAUAAACCAGAGGGAUUUCUAAACAAAAUUAAAGAAAGACAUUUCAAUUUGUUCAAUGUUGAAACUCACACUAAAGUUGCACAAAAAAGUGCUGAUUUGAUCAUCGACACUUGUGAAAAAUACGUGAAUAAUAAGCAAAACCAAAAAUGCAAUUACCACGACACUUACAUUGAAGAGAUACUCCAGAUCAUUGACCAGCGUCUGGAAAAGAAUGAAGAUCUUCAGAAGGACACACAGUUUGAAGUUUCUCUGAAACUGCACAUCUGUGGAUUCGCAGCCAGAAAGUUUCAGAAAAUGCACCAAGAUUUCCUAGAAGAAAACGAUCCUCACAGAUAUCUGAUAAAAUACAAGACAAAGUUUUGUGCUGAUUUCAAGGAUGUGUUUCAUGGAUGAGAUCAGUGCCUGAAGAAAGCUGAAGAGUUUGUCAACAAAUGCUUGAAACCUGCUGUUGAAGACUUCAUCAAUCGUUACCUGGGUCUUUCUAUUGUGGAUGAAAUGCUGAAGAAGAAGGAAUUCAGCACACGAGUCGCUUUCCAGUGCUACAAUUUACUGGAACUGCUUUCAAAGCAAAGCUUUGAUGAUUACUUGAGCUUCAUUUCCUCCUAUGAGAGCUUCGUGAAGAAGUGGAUCCUUCAAAAAAUGUAGGAAGAUUUUUCAAGUUCCUCCAAAACAUCUGAGUUUGAGAAUCAACAUCUUGAGACAAGUGUCAGCCACAUAAAUGAAGCCAUUGAAAAGGCCAAAACACUAAACAGAGAGAAUGUGAAAACUUUAGUGGAGGACAUCUGUAAAGAGCUUGGUGAUAAACUGGUAAUUUCCCAGGAUGCACCUGGAGCACUUAUGUUCCUGAACAAUGCUGACCAGAACAAGUUUGCUCAGAACCUCACAAGUUCUGUGAAUGACAUGAAAAAUACUCUGAGAGAGAAGUUCAAAACCUCAACUUUCAAAAACAAAUCAAGAAGUCUCCACAUGCAGCCUCAGGAUGAGCUUUUCCAGAGAGUGAUCGGAUGUGGCAAACAGUGUCCAUUCUGUGCUGUUCCCUGUGAGGCUGGAGGAGAAGCUCAUACACAACACAAGGCCUCAUUACACUGACCACAGUGUCUGAAUAACUAUAGGUGUAAUGAGAAACUUUCCACUGGCAUCUGCUCAUCUCUUGUUGAAAGUGAUGGUUGCUUUCGUUGCCCUCAAACAAACAAUAAAUAUCAUCUUUACAAGAGGUACAAAUAAAUAUUCCCUGACUGGGAUAUUUUUCCAGAUGGAAGUCUUGAGGCUUCAGACUACUGGAAAUACAUCAUGACCAAGUAUAAUGAUGACUUUGCCAAAGAGUGUGAUGCAAAGCCUGCUGACAUUCCUGAAACUUGGAGAAAGAUCACAUCUCAGCAGGCAGAAGAAAGUCUUAAGAAGUCCUUUUGCAUGAAGUGAGACUUUCCAUUUAUGUUACUUAUUCUGAGAGUGUAGAGUGGCAGCUUCAUAUUUUUGUAUAGAAUCUUUCUGUCAAAUGUGUCAUGAAAUUCAGUGAAUUAUAUAUUUACUGUACAGAUAGUUAAUCACAAUAACUUACACUUAAGAAAACACAAAGAAAAAUAUUUAUUGUCAUGUAUCUUGAACCGAAAGAACAUGUUUCUUGAACUCUCAUCAAACGAGAGUCAUGUUUAUAACACAUUAUCAAAAUCCAAACAGGUGGAACUCUAAUGCACUCCAUCCGGUUGAAGUAAUCAUGACUGUGUUCUGAAAAUGAGGUGUAGUGUGGAGAACUUUUAGCAUUCAGUGGAAAAUAUCAAAAGUUAAUUGUUUCAUGUAUCAUUGCUCAAUGCACAUUUAUCUCAAAUAACUUUCCAAACAUCAUGACACUGUCUGUUCGGUAAAAUGGGUGAAAUUAUCAGAGCACAGAGAUAUUUUUAUUUGAUCAUGUAGUCCUGAUCUGAUCACUGUAAAUACUGUUAUGAUCACUUUAGAUUUGUUUCAUGACCGUUAAGUGAUUAUUUGGAUGAGAAAACAUUAAAAUGUCCUUAUGUUCAUUUUGAGAACAUGUGAAAUGUAAGUGUGAAUAAUCUUUUCAUUUUUGAUUAUAGUGAGAUGUAAACAUGACACUGGAAAAAAGUCAGUUUUAACCAGAUUAAGUUCGUGACAUGAGAUCUGUUUAAAAAAAACAUGUGAUGACUGUUGUGUGUUUGUUCUCUUAAUGAUGUUAAAUUUCCUUCAGUUGAGUUGUGGCAUCAUCUUCAUCAUGUUUGUGACUUUUCAUGCUGAGAAUUUUAAAGCUGAAUAUUUGAGUUCAGUCUGAUACGACAUGCUUUAAAGACAUAUAUUAAAGGCUGAAAACAAAAAAUGUUGAAACUUGCGCCUGCAACAAAGGUUGAGUCGAUAAAAUCAUGUCACAUGUUUGUCGAAAAUGUUUUGACUGAUGAAGGUUUUUAUUGAUUCUGAAUAUUUUACUCUUAAUUCUACAUGGUGACAUUUUUCAAGGAUGUACAGGAUCAUGUUAAACUGUCAGAAUGAAUAAAGAGACAAGAUGAGCAGACUGGC